GAUUCAGUCACUUCCGGGGCGGAUCGGAAGUUGCUUUGUUUUGCUUCAAGAUGGCUGCGGGGAUGUAUUUGGAACAUUAUCUGGACAGUAUCGAAAACCUCCCAUUUGAACUGCAAAGAAACUUUCAGCUCAUGAGGGACCUGGACCAAAGAACAGAGGACCUGAAGGCUGAAAUUGACAAGUUGGCCACUGAGUAUAUGAGUAGCGCCCGCAGCCUGAGCUCCGAGGAAAAAUUGGCCCUUCUCAAACAGAUCCAGGAAGCCUAUGGCAAGUGCAAGGAAUUUGGUGACGACAAGGUGCAGCUUGCCAUGCAGACCUAUGAGAUGGUGGACAAACACAUUCGGCGACUGGACACAGACCUGGCCCGUUUUGAGGCUGAUUUGAAGGAGAAGCAGAUUGAGUCAAGUGACUAUGACAGCUCUUCUAGCAAAGGCAAAAAGAAAGGCCGGACUCAAAAGGAGAAGAAAGCUGCCCGUGCUCGUUCCAAAGGGAAAAACUCAGAUGAGGAGGCUCCCAAGGCUGCCCAAAAGAAGUUAAAACUUGUGCGCACAAGUCCUGAGUAUGGGAUGCCCUCAGUGACCUUUGGCAGUGUCCACCCCUCUGAUGUGUUGGAUAUGCCUGUGGAUCCCAACGAACCCACCUAUUGCCUUUGUCACCAGGUCUCCUAUGGAGAGAUGAUUGGCUGUGACAACCCUGAUUGUUCCAUCGAGUGGUUCCACUUUGCCUGUGUGGGGCUGACGACCAAGCCUCGGGGGAAAUGGUUCUGCCCACGCUGCUCCCAGGAACGGAAGAAGAAAUAGAUAAGGGCCUUGGAUUCCCACACAGUUUCUUCCACGUCCCCGGCCCCGGGCUAGUGGGGAGAGGAAAGCCUGUGUUGGGGCCCGGGGGCUCAGGGAGAGCGGAUGGCGCAGUGUUGUCACCCCUUCUCCUUCCCUCUCCCCACUCCUGGUGCUGAGGCUGCAUCCAAACCCUGGUAGGGAGGGGUGCUGCAGCCGCUAACUGUUUGUGCUCUCAUUCAGCCUGCCCCCCUCAGAGGGAAGUGGUUAUGCCCACUGUCCUUUCGCCUCCAUGCCGAGGUUGGUGCUGUAUUUCCGAGGGAUGGUCCUCUUUACUCCCCUUGCUUUGUAUUUAAGGACUUGGGGCAGUAGCAUGGGGGCACUCCCCAGCCCUCCUAAUUCCCUCCCCCUGUGGGGGGGCUGUGGUGUGAUAAGCUUUCUUUGUUCUCCUCCUGCUUUUUCCAUGGUAGGGGCACCCCCAGAGCAUCUGGGCAGUGGCCUUAGUUGAAGGGGCACCCCUUCCUCUGUGCCAACAGGAUUCAUCCUGGCCUUGUGAAUGGGAGAGGGGGCAAGGUGGAAUGCAGAUCGCUCACAUGUAAAGGAAUUUGAGUAGGUGAAUAAAAGCUCUGCGUGUUGGUCUGCUGUGUUUACUGUAGACACUAUUUUAGUACAUGUGCUAAUUAAACUUUUUUUUGCAUCCUCCGGGUUGGACUAGAGGGGGGAGGAUGACAAUGCCAGAAGUAGAACGAGACAUAGAACCAGAAGUGGUACCCCUGCUCCAGAGUCCACAACUUCUCACCUUGGGGAGGACAAAGCUGGCUGGGGGGUGUGCCUCUAGGGCUUUCCAAAACUUUUUACAAUUAUGCAUCUUUUCUCCGUAAACCAUCUUUCACUUGAUUUCCAAUAAACAUGUAUUUGUGUUUUGUGCAUGUA